CAACACCACAUCAAUCUCACAAACCUUACAGACUUUUAAAAAGUACUCUUACCCUGCCGCCACAACAUGCCUCACGCAGCGCCUUCUCGAGUGCCUCCCACCGCGACUUCGGACCUCGAAGCCGGCGCCGUGCUGAAACUUGGCGAAUUCCAGAACGAAGUCACACUGAACCUCUCGGAAGCGCGAAUCAUCUUGCAAAAGACGCUCACCACGCGAGCCGCACGGGGCGGAGGCUACGAAGAGACGGAAACGACGGCCAAGACUAGAGACUACUUGGAGAUUUUUGCGGUCUUCAAAGAUCUCGCCGAGGCGCAACAGGUCGAGGGCAUCAUCAACUCGUACGGCGAACACCUGGAUCGGUUUGAAAAGAGUCAGCUCGGGAGCCUGGUGCCGACGUGCUCGGACGAGGCCAAAGCCCUGGUUCCGAGUCUCGAGAGGAAGGUCGAGGAGGGUACCGUCAGCGAAGAAGAGCUGGAGGGCAUUUGCAGAGAAUUGCAGAGGUUGAAGAGACAGGCGCAAUUGUGAACACAAAGUCUUUAGAGACUAAAGCAACAUUAUUAUCGGCCGCGCAUAUCACGAUGAAGGGGAAUUGGCUGUCAAGGUCGGCUCACGAUGCUCAAGUCGCGCAACGGCAUCGUCAUGCAUGUCUUGGUGCCGGCCACCUGAAGUGCAAUGGGUCAUCCACGACAGGAUGAUGGUCCCGUGGCUAUGCAAUGUGAUUGUGGCGAUUACGUGUCUCGAAUCGACACAGUAAGCUGUACUGCCCCGAUAAACGGUCAGAGCGAUCUAGAACGCUUCAACAUCACGAAGACGAAGGAGAAAGCCAGGCGCAAAAUCAAAGAGCCAGCUAGCGCUGGCUGAAACUUCGGCAUUUUUUGUACCCUACACGGAGUAUGUGCGACCAUGUAGUCGUGGACUAUGGGUGCCAACGACCAAUUCAAGACUCGUCUUGAGACCCCCGAGUUUCUAUCGGACGACUCUGGAUGGAUGCGCCGUUGAACACUUGGUUCUCGGGCAGUGAUUCCAGCAGAAACGAAUAAUGAAAAUUCAAUUGCAUCUCAUCCAC